GUCCAUUUUAUGUCACAAGUAGGGCUAAAAUGAAGCAAAUUGUAACAAACCAAACGGUAAAAAUUCCUGAGGGAAUUACCGUAACCGCUAAAUCAAGAGUAGUAACUGUAAAAGGACCCAGAGGUACUCUUAAGAGAUCAUUCAAACAUCUUACCCUGGACAUUCGAAUGAUUAACCCCAGGUUACUGAAAGUAGAAAAGUGGUUCGGUACUAAGAAAGAAUUAGCUGCUGUCAGAACAGUAUGCUCUCAUGUUGAAAACAUGUUAAAGGGUGUUACAAAAGGAUACCAAUACAAGAUGAGAGCUGCAUAUGCUCACUUUCCCAUUAACUGUGUUACCACUGAAGGAAACACAGUUAUUGAAAUCAGAAACUUCUUGGGAGAAAAAUACAUUAGAAGGGUAAAGAUGGCCCCAGGUGUUACAGUAGUAAACUCCACCAAACAAAAGGAUGAACUUAUCAUUGAAGGAAACUCAUUGGAGGAUGUUUCAAAGUCAGCUGCCCUUAUUCAACAAUCCACAACAGUUAAAAAUAAGGAUAUCCGUAAAUUCUUAGAUGGGCUUUAUGUAUCUGAAAAAACAACUGUUGUACAAGAAGAAUAACUUGUAUUUUUGAAAUAAAUUUAAGUUUAUAUU